AUGGGCGUGAAGGGCAGCAGCGUGGAGUUGUUCGAGCUCUCAACGGAGGGCGUGGUGUUGGGCAUCGGCCUCUUCGUGCUCACCCUGGCGAUGAUGAUAGGCAUCUGGUUCAUAAUGAAGGUGAUUUCGCCCGAGCCCUUCACCUUCUACACCUUCCCGGGCCGGCUCUACACCUUCCGCAUCGUCUCGGAGACCUCCACCCGACUAGUGGUCACCAACACCUUCAGUGCUCUCCUCAUGUGGCCCCUCGGUAUAUUGCUGUUCGGUGGGCUGAUGGGCAUCCUGAUCGCGGCGCUGAUGACGACGCACUUGUGGCUGUUCUCUCUGUCGGUGGUCAACUUCUGGGUGUGGUGGACCUACCUGUUCUGCGUCGGCCAACGCUUCACGUUCGAUGGCGGCGCCGGUACGCUCACGGUGGUGGCCUCGUGGAUGGGCGUGCCCGUGGUGGGCAGCCGGCAAGUGAUCCCGCUGCUCGCGGUGACCAAGUGCCGCCUGGAGCAACGCCAGCGAAUCGAGAAGGGCUGGCCGACGCCCUACUACGCCGUUGAGCUUCAACUCCAGGCACCGCUAGAGGGCACGCUCUUCAUCACCAAGAAGAAGGUGAGCCUCGAGAAGAUACAGCCCUUCGUCGACAGCAUCAACCAGUUCCUCUCCUCCUGCCGAAGUUACCAAACAUGA